AUGAAUUUCUGCAUGAUGAUGAUGAUGAUGAUAAAGAUGAAGAUGACAAAGGUGAUGAUGAUGAAGAUGAUGAUGGUUAUCCCGUUGAUGUUGACGUUAUCAGGGGCAGCAGUCUCGGGAGAGACACCUAGACUUCCCUCUAUCCAGCUCCUCUGGGGGAAGCCCGAGGUGUUCCAGGGCCAGCAGUUCCCUAAGGCCUCUGGGCAUCAGACAGCACUUCACCGUAGUGCCAUUGUGGGAAACAGUGAGACCAUGGCUGCUCUGAUAGCUGGAGGCUGUGCUCUGGACCUGCAGGAUCCAAUUCUGACUGCAACGUUCUGUGUGUUUGAGCUUGGAAACACAGCACUCCAUGAGGUGUCCUGGCAUGGAUUCACUCAGUGCGUCAAACUGCUCGUUAAGGCCGGAGCUGACAUGCAAGUCAAGAACAAGGCAGGAAACACGGCGCUUCACCUGGCCUGUCAAAACGCACAUGCUCCCACCGCUCAGCUUCUUCUGCUUGCAGGCUCGAAUCCUGAAGCCAAAAACAAGGUGGGUGAUACCUGUCUGCAUGUAGCUGCUCGUUACAACAACCUGAACCUGCUGAAGAUCCUGCUGAGAUCACAGUGCUGCUUGAAUGAGACAAACCAGAAUGGAGACACAGCUCUGCACAUCGCUGCAUCUCUGAACCACAGUAAAGCAGUUCAACUUUUACUGUCAGCCGGUCUUGAUGUAACAGUCCGGAACAAAGCAGGAAAAACAGCUCUGGACAAAGCCAGAGAAAACCAGAACAAAAAUGUGGUUCUCCUGCUCUCCAAAACUCCUCAGGUACGUUAUAUGAGGAGAAAGACGAUGAAGAGACCCAGACUAAGAGUUCCUACAGGACCUGCUAAAGACAGCAGCUGUGGGAUGGAGCAAACUGAUCCCAGAUCAGAUGGUAAGGAUUUGGAUAAAGAAGACUUUCGUUCAGCAAGGAAACACAACCAAUUGCAGGAAGAUGAGUUCUGGGGCUGUGGAGAAACCUUCCAACUUUACACUCUGUACAGAGACAGGGAAGGUAGAAUUCAACAGACUCCUGCAAGCAGCUGCCUCUGUAAGUCUCUCUUGAAGAAGCUGGGGGAUAAUCUGAAGACCACAGAGGAGGAGCUAAGGUUGCAGAUCCAGAAAGUCAAGGAGGAGCUUCAAAGACAGAUGGAAAGGGUGGAGCGACAUAACAAACACCAGCUAAGGGUGUUGGACAUGUUGAUCCAGGACAAAGCAGCAUCUGAAAGGAGGAGCAUGAUAUGCAGGAUGGAUCAGAGAGCAGCAGAGGAGCGAGCAGAAGCUCUGAGGAACCAGGCUGUUCUGAGAAAUGAGCUGAAGACCUGGUGUCUGUCUCUGCUGGAGUACAUGAACAUCCCAGUGCCAGCUGAGAUCCAGUACCAGAACCUGCUGCUGCCGCCUCCAUCUGCUGCAGAAACUGACCUGGAGUCAGUGCCUCUGCUGUUUUCUGAAGACAGCAGCCCCACAGUGUCCAGAAGCAACUUCAGACCCAGAUGUUCUGAUAUUUCAAAAUCAGCUGAGCAGAUUGGGAACAGGACCUACUUCGAGAUGAAGAAGGACAAGUGUGUGGAUCAGAACCUAAACUCAGAAACCUCAGCUGACCUCCCCACAGUCUCUGCUGCCCCCUUCUGCAACUCUACAGCACUGCAUGACAAUACUGACUCAUUUUUCAAUGAGAAACCUUCCAGUGGCCAUUCAAGGACCAACCCCCAGGAAGAGGCCUCCAGGCCCACCGAUGACACAAUGGUUCAGGAGUUCCUGAUGGAGCGACCUGCAGAGCCCACUUUGAUCCAGGAGAGGAAACAGAUCCACGCCAUGGAGGUGACUCGGCGGUUCUUUGAUGCUGUCACAGCUCAGCUGGAACUCUGGUGUUCCAGGAAGAUCAUGGAGGUGGAGUGGCAGUCAGAGCUCAGGUCCCGGGAGGAGAGGACAGAGAUGCUGCAGCGAAUCACAGAGCUGGAGGAGGAGCUUCAUAGGCUGCAGACCAAUGAAGAGAAAGAGGACCUUCUAAAAUAGAAGAAACCACCUUGAGAACUGAAGCUUGCUGAUGCAGACGGUCGGUUACAGGUUUAAAAUAAGCAGUUGACUUUAAGUUUUUGUUUUUUGGACAUCUUUAUGUUCUGUUGGAUUUUAUUGUCAGAAAAAUUAGUUCCUGAUUAAAAGCUGAUCGUUAUAGAUG